UUCGUAUGAGGAAUACCCGGAUAUUAGAUCACCAUUUGGUGUCCCGGAUGUACCUUCAUUUUACCCGUGGAGCCAAGAUGGCUACUUGUUUAGGGGUUUAGUUAAGAAGGAGGUAAAACGUUAGGAAACAUUAAAAUAAUACGAAAGGAAAGGGGGCCCCAUAAACAGGCUGUUAAACGGCAAGAAAAGCAGGCAUCAGAGAGUGAAAACGAGUAAAUAAUUGCCCACUAUAAGAAAGCGGAUUAAGUCGCCAAGCGCACUGAAGAGGAAAUGCGCUAGUAAUUUUUCUUUUAAAUUGAACGCCAAGACACUCGUAAAAAAUAGAAGAUGGCCAUGGAUAACAAGUUAAACGUUCAGUGUUCGGGUUUAAAUUGAUGGGUUACUGGCAUUAUCCUUGCAGAGAAGACUAAAGACAAGAAUUUUGUGCCUCCACAGAAUUGCAAGGUUUUUUUUUUCUUUUUUUAACUCAAGAUUUAAGGUGACAGAUUUUUAGUGGUCCAUACAAAGUGAUGAUAUCUCAAGCAGCAAGAAACCAAAGUAAUCAUGAGGACCACAUGAACAAUUCACAAAAUUGGUUGAUUACAAGGAAUUUAUCUCCCAAUACCAACCAGCUUAACCCUGCCCGAAACUCUAACUAUUACACAUCUCUGAACACUACGUUUGCCUCUUCCACAAUGGGAGGUGUGGCUUCAGCAACAAAUUCAAAUAAUGGGUGCAGUCAGUUCUCAAGGAGAACGCAAAGCUCUAGAUUUGAACCCUGGCCCGAGGAAGCAGUUGACAAAGCUCAUGGGUUAUAUUCUUUACAUCGAAUGUUUGAGAUAGUUGGAGCGCAGCUGACACAUCGGGAUGUGAGGGUGCUGUCAUUCCUGUUUGUUGACGUAAUUGACGAGUAUGAACGUGGAGGUAUAAGAAAUGGAAGAGACUUCUUUUUAGCCCUGGAACGCCAAGGCAGGUGUGAUGAGACCAAUUUCAGACAUGUACUGCAGUUGCUUAGGAUUAUUACACGGCAUGACCUUUUGCCAUAUGUGACUCUGAGACGAAGACAAGCUGUUUGUCCAGAUCCAGUAGAUCAGUAUUUGGAGGAAACAUCAGUCCGAUAUGUUUCACCUAGAGGCAAUGGUGAGAACAAUGGGACCACACAACAACGAAGAACAGGUCCACAGCCACUGAUAUGUUGUUCUCCAACGGGACCCCAAGUUUGUUCAGGCAGGGUGAAGCAGAUUCCUAGUGCACCUAGUCGGAAAAGAAAAAGAGCGCAUAAUACAUCUGACAGCAAGGAAAAACAAACUUGUGAUAUUCGUUUGCGGGUACGUGCUGAAUACUGCCAGCAUGAGUCAGCCCUGCAAGGAAAUGUGUUUUCCAAUAAGCAAGAGGCCUUGGAAAGACAGUUUGAGAGAUUUAACCAAGCCAACACCAUCUUGAAAUCACGUGACCUCGGCUCUAUCAUCUGUGAUAUCAAAUUUUCUGAGUUGACCUAUUUAGAUGCAUUUUGGAGGGAUUACAUCAAUGGUUCAUUGCUAGAAGCUCUUAAAGGUGUUUUCAUAACAGAUUCUUUAAAACAAGCUGUGGGCCAUGAAGCUAUUAAACUGCUAGUAAAUGUUGAUGAAGAAGAUUAUCAGGCAGGGCGAAGAAAGUUGCUACGUAAUUUAAUCAUUGGUGGUUCGGGAAUUAAGGACCUGGCAUAAGGUUUGUUUAAUAAACAGAAUUUCAAGUCUAUUGAAUAAUAAAAGAAAAAACCCAUUUUCUCUGAGUGAGGUUGAGAACAUUCAAGACGGUAUUGUGCUCUGUUUGAAUAGAUGAACCUUUUAUACUCAGUGGAGUAUAUAAAAAGUAAACAGCAAGUUUUCUUUUAAAACUGUUUCAAGAAAAAAAAAAAGAUAAAUGAGAUUAAACCAACCAAGAGACUGUAUCUUCAGUUCACAGAGACUUUUUUGAACCUCAUCAGUGCACCUUGAUUUCUGUUUGGGGUGGGAGGGGGCUAUCCAUAAAAAUUACCUCUGGCCACAGAAUCAGCCUUCUUUGCUGCUUCUUUUAUUAAUACAUUUGCCAUGUGAACUAGAGUUGAAACCAAGUCUUUUGAUUUUUGUUUUGUUUGUUUUUCCCUCCUUCAGCCUAUACUGACACAGUUUAAACUUGAGAAUGGUUUCUCUCUGACAUGUGCAAUGAAUUUCAAUAAUGGUUACUUUGUUUUGAGAGGCACAGUAUUCAGAAAACAGUAAAUCUGGGAAAUCAAAUGGGGAAAAAAACGUCUCUUCCCAAGUGAUUGGAAUGAGCCAUCUUAUUAUUUAAGGAUAUUGCUCUAUUAUGAAAUUAUAUUAAUUUGGUUGUUUGAGAUGGUAUGACAGCAGAAGAUAAAUGGUUAAUACCUUAAUUAGGUAUUUUAAAACCUAUAGAACUUUAUUCAUUUUACUAUUUGAGUUACAUUGUAAUGACAAUUGAAAAUAAAACUGCACUUGAAAACCCCUUUGUAUUAAUUAUAGUUGGCACACAAUCAAAUUGUAAAUGUUCAUACUUUGUGUGUAUGUGUGCUUUUUUUUGUCUGUUCUCCUGCAGCACCUUUCAAAUUUCAACCCCAACAAGUCUUUUAAUUCAUGUAAGUUCAUUAUAAAAUGUGUCCUUACCAAGGCAGUAUCCUCCGAUGGGAAUGAUUGAUUGUCUUGCCGUCUUUUUUUUCUUAUCUUUUCAUUGUUCUGUACCUUAGCUGUCAUUGGUCGACAAGUAUCCUUUAAGUUAUUCUGUUGCAGGCACACUACAGUUAUGAUAUAUACCCAUUUAAUCCACAAAAAUUAUGUGAAUAUUGGCAGUUCAAACAAGUUCUAAAAUGUUUUCCUCCAUCCUUUAAAAAAUACUUUUUCUUCUUCUCGUGCAUAUUUAUUUCUCUUCAGAUCAGUGGGUAACAUAGGGCUCAUCCACACUGAAGGAAUUCUGACAUAAAUGAACACUUCCAUAGCACAGCUGUGCAUUUUCCAGAAUUUUCUUUUUUGUAUUGUGUAUUACUGGCUGGAUGUAAACUCAGUAAUCAGUUAGUCUGUAUACAGUUGGUGAUAAUUUUGUUUAAUUGCCAAGACAUAUGGUAUCCUUUCAAAGGAGUAAUAACAAUUUAAUAAAGUUUAUUUUUUCUGUUGUGCAGAAAA